AAAUGAAAAACCCAGAACAUGGGUGGGUUGUCUUCAAUAUCACCGCAUCCAUUCUCACAUUGCUUCUGUUCAUUGUCACCUAUUUAGAAGAACCAAUUAGAGUCAACUUCGUGGAUUAAAUCCAUCGUCGUAUGGUUGUUUGACCAAAAAAUAGCGGUCUCGUCUCGUAAGAAGUAAAAAGAGAAAGAUGGAGUGGUGUGUGUCAAUGCCAAAGGUAGAACUCCAUGCUCACCUUAAUGGAUCCAUUCGAGAUUCCACCCUUCUAGAACUUGCUAAAGGUUUGGGUGAUAAAGGUCUCAUAGAUUUCUCCCAAGUAGAGCAUGUUAUCCUCAAAAAUGAUCGUUCAUUAGCCGAGGUAUUCAAGCUGUUUGAUGUGAUCCACAUUCUUACAACUGAUCACGCGACUGUUACAAGAAUUACUAAAGAAGUAGUUGAAGAUUUUGCUUCAGAGAAUGUUGUAUAUGUCGAGUUGAGGACUACUCCAAAGAAAAAUGACUCCAAAGGAAUGAGCAAACACUCUUAUAUUGAAGCUGUACUCGAAGGUCUAAGAGCUGUCAGUUCAGUUGAUGUGGAUUUUAUUCCGAACAGUGAGGAGCUUAAACAUCUUUCGAAUCCUUUACUCUCAACCACAAAUGAUAAAUGUAAUGAAAAUACUAGGAAAAAGAUCUUUGUUAGGCUUCUCUUAAGCAUUGACCGUAGGGAGACAACAGAAGCAGCAAUGGAGACUGUCAUGCUUGCGCUGAAAAUGAGGCAUUUUGGGGUCGCUGGAAUUGACCUGUCUGGGAAUCCAGCUGUUGGUGAAUGGGUUACAUAUUUGCCAGCAUUAAAAUUUGCACGAGAACAAGGUCUCAGUGUAACUCUUCAUUGUGGAGAGGUACCUAAUUCGAGGGAGAUACAUGAUAUGCUUGACUUUCUUCCCGAGAGGAUUGGACAUGCAUGUUUCUUUGAGGAGGACCAUUGGAGAAAGCUGAAGUCCUCUAAAAUUCUGGUUGAACUUUGUUUGACAUCAAAUAUUAGGACAUUGUCCGUUCCAUCAAUAGAUGCUCAUCAUUUUGUGGAUUUGUAUAAUGCAAAACAUCCUGUAGUCCUGUGUACUGAUGACUCAGGUGUGUUCUCUACCAGUGUCUCCAACGAAUACAAAAUUGCUGCUUCUUCAUUUGGCCUUGGAAGGAAGGAGACGUUUGAGUUAUCAAAGAAUGCAGUUGAAUUUAUAUUUGCGGAUAAUACGGUAAAGGAAGAUUUAAGAAAUAUUUUUAGUUCAGCAGCAAAGAAUCUGGAGCUCUAGAUAGAGUUACGUACAUGGGGAUUGUGUGGAUGUGUAUUUAGGUCAUUCGAUGUUAUGAUGCUUACUAGUUUACAGCGAGGGGACGCAACUUACUGCUAUUAUGUUAGUAGACAAUUAGUUAACAAGGUUCGCUUAGGCUGGUACUUCCGUCUGGUGCUUCAGAAUAGAUUGAAAUUGGUUAUUCGUAAAAAAUCAUUUAUAAAUCAGGUAUUCAAGUGAUUA